AUGGACGUCACCAUCCAGCACCCCUGGUUCAAGCGCACCCUGGGGCCCUUCUACCCCAGCCGGCUGUUCGACCAGUUCUUCGGCGAGGGCCUCUUCGAGUACGACCUGCUGCCCUUCCUGUCGUCCACCAUCAGCCCCUACUACCGCCAGUCCCUCUUCCGCACCGUGCUGGACUCCGGCAUCUCCGAGCUCAUGACCCGUAUGUGGUCUCUAACGCGCCAGCCUCAUGCUGGAGACCCCAAGAACAACCCUGGCAAGGCAAAUCCGAUGCCAGUGCGGUCCGACCGGGACAAGUUCGUCAUCUUCCUGGACGUGAAGCACUUCUCGCCUGAGGACCUCACCGUGAAGGUGCAGGAAGACUUCGUUGAGAUCCACGGCAAACACAACGAGAGACAGGACGACCACGGCUACAUUUCCCGCGAGUUCCACCGGCGCUACCGCCUGCCUUCCAACGUGGACCAGUCGGCGCUGUCCUGCUCGCUCUCUGCGGACGGCAUGCUCACCUUCUCCGGCCCCAAGGUGCAGUCCGGCCUGGACGCUGGCCACAGCGAGCGAGCCAUCCCCGUGUCCCGGGAGGAGAAGCCCAGCUCGGCGCCCUCGUCCUGA